GUGAAGGUCAACCACACAGCUGUGGCCCUUUCCUACCCUAUAAAGUGGAACUGUACUCACCACCGAAAAUCAACAUAUCCACUCAGCCUGUCUACCAACUUAUCCCUUCAUCUGUUAGCCGUGGCAACUACUGACGUUGAACUCAUGUCGCAAAUGAACCAAUUCUAUCAAUCUGAAGCGUCUUCGCUCGGAGGAUACAAGAAUCCAAACGCAGCUCUCUCCCGGCAGUCGAGCGCUGGAACGCCCGAUCGAUCCUUGAACAAUUCCCCCUGCAGCAGCAAUACGACAUUGGUCGAUGACGAAGCACAAGCUCGCGGACUCAAGUAUGGCAAACUUCAUCAGGCACAGGUUCAAGAAACCGUGCCAAGCGUCCAAUCCAUAAAUUCUGACCUCAACGCGAACGCCGCGGCAUUUAUUCCAAACCGCUUUGUAGAGUAUGGCUACUUUCCUCCACCUGCUCACACACCAGCAGCAUGGGUGCGUAUACUUGACACUGGCAUGCUGGCACCCAAUAUUGCUUUACCGACUGUCCUGGCGCAAUCGGGUCCAUGGUCAUUCGAUACAGUACGCGAUCUCGCCCAACUUUUCUGCUGGGAAAUUUUGGCCAAAGCGAAUAUAAUAGAUUUUGGACCGGAGGCGGCGUUCUUUGCGCGAGAAGUGCGUGAUGCAUUGAAGCUCCAUCACUCCGAGUGGGUCUCCACCUGCUUCGUGGUCCAUUUGCAAACCGCUGUCUUGGAACACUUCAAAUCAUUCUGGUGUUCUCUUAACAAUCCGUAUGUUAUUUCUCCGCAGCAAAAACUCGAAAUGAGACGGUGGAAUGUCGCAUUGGAUUUUUCUCGCUUCUUGGCAGACUUGUUCGCAUUUGGCCUCAUCCAACUACCGAUAAUGCACGAUUGUCUGGGGAUUCUGCUGCACGAAAUGGUUAGCGUGGAACACGUACGCGUCGUCCAAUCUAUGAUUAAACGUGCCGGACCGAAGUUAUGGCAAACAGCCGAUGCUCAUGAACGCCGCCAGGAAUUCACCCGUCGUUUCAUGGAGCGCACCGCAUUGGUUCCGGAUAAUGCAAGCCUGAUUGGACGAGAAGACAGUGUCCGUAGGGUGAUAACUGUGUGUGCAAUAUUGCUGGAUAGCUUUUAUAGAAUUAAAACUUAUCAUUGAUCAUUGCACAGGCUGAUAAUAUCAUCUCGCUGAUCGGUGAUUGGCAAGUGCAGCGGCCAGAGUACCCUCCGCUUGCGGUGAAAUCUGUUUGGGGAUCAUCUGGCCUUAUUCUAUAGUCUAUGCACAUGAUAGCUGAGUGUCUUGAAAUCAAAACAUAUGCUGUAUGAAUAA